AUGCUAUUGUAUUACCAGUCUAGAACGUCCGGUGUUAGUCCUGGCGACGUCACUUGGUUAAAUUUAGCAAUACGCCGAACGGACCGCUCGCAAGCCAUCUGCGUUGCUCCAGCGCGACCGAUUCUUAUCGCUUUGCGGUGGAUCGGAAUUAGCACCGGGUUCGACCGAAUUGUCGAGGAACAUAUUGAGAACACAUCUUCGCUCAGUGUGUACGAAGAUUUCCUUUGGCGGCACCUGCACCAGGAAAUACUCAUUGAUAACCAGUUAUGUCGAUCGCACCAGAAUCUUCUUCGGUUGGUGAUUGUGCGAUACUUUCGUCAUAUUCGAGAAUUUGGUGUUCCAAUUGCCUUCUUCACACAUAUGCAUUCUGUCUUGGAGCAGAUGUUUGACAAAGAUUUUCGAGUGAUUAUGCCCAGGUUAGGUAGAGUUACGAUACAAAUCGGAGGAGAGUUUGGACGAUUACUAUUCUGUCACAAUUUUGACAAUCUGAAGGUGUGCAGAAUGCUAUGCAAUCGCUUGUCGGAAGUGAAUCUUGAUAUGAAAUUAUCAGAUUCAGAAACAGUCACCCCUUGUGGGUUUCGAUCUCUCGUUCGUUAUCUACUAGAAGUGACGGAUCUCGAAACCGUCUGGAAUGUGAUUUUAGAAGACUGCACCACUAAUGGACAAGGUUACCAUGGUCCUGCAGAUUUUAGUCAAUUCCGUAACCAGGUUUUUAUAUCGUACGUUCGGACAUUGCUGGAUCUUGGUGUUGUUAUAAAUCGGCUUACCCUUCUCGACAAACAUAAAAUAUCACCUUACAUGAUGGUGAUGUCUUUGAAUAAACGGAGGUCUCUCUACAUGUACCCAGAGUUUAAGCGCUGUCGUGAGUUGUUUGUGUGUUACGACAUAGGUUUGGUUGCUCCCAUUUUCGCUCACGAGAACGAUAGAUUCGCUUUGCUCCAAGUAUUUGAAGUGGACGAAUCGCAUGUGCUCUACAAAAGGGAUCUGCUUGAAUAUCUGAGCAAUGCACCAAAUCUCCGUGAAAUACGUGUUGUAGUGCCAGCCACUUGGUCUCGUCGUGUACGCACAUGUUCCAUAGGAUGUUUCAAAAGUCCCGAUUUUGCGUGCUUCAGACCUGAUGGCUGGUGUGCUGUGCAUACGAGGUUACCCUCCAUCAAGUUUACACUUGUUGGGAUAGAUCUUGAUACAAAUUGUGAUCAACGAUCCUCGAACCUACGACAUGUCACCAUUUGA